UAUAGAUAUUUUAUGUUGUGAUGUCCACCAAUGUUUGGCUGAUAUUGAUUUUUUUUUUUUUGUCAUACGAAAACGGUUGUUAUUGUUUGUAGAUUGGUACCAAAAUUACUAUUCGUACCACUGAAAUUAGUCGCAACAUAUUGGUACUUUUGUGUACUUGUUGUACACGUACCUACAAAUCGGUACCAAAUUAUUAUAUAUUCCUCUGAUGUGUUUCUUAUUCGAGUAAAAAAUAAUUUUUCAACUCCUUGGAAAUAAUAUGUCGUCAAAGGAACGAGAUGAAAUACUUUUAAGCGAAGAGUACAAACCAGGAGAAUGCAAUAUCAUAUACAAGAGACAUGAUCAACGUCAAUUAAUAUUAGAAUCUGAAAGACGUAAACAGUCCACUAGUCUAGUAUGUAACUCUAUGAAUGUGCUUAAAGAAAUAUUUUUACCAAGAGGAUUUCCAAAUAGUGUAAGCAAGGAUUAUACAGAGUAUCAGAUUUGGGAUACUGUACAGGCAUUUUGUAGUACAAUUUCAAAUAUAUUAGCCACAAAUGCUAUUCUUAAGGGUGUCGGUAUAGGUGACGCUCAAGCUUCAGCUCUUGCUGCAUCUAUUACUUAUAUACUUAAAGAUGGAGCUGGUAUGAUUGGGCGUAUAACUUUUGCGUGGUUGAAAGGAUCUGAAUUAGAUACAAAAUGUAAAAAGUGGAGACUUCGAGCUGAUGCUCUAAAUGACUUGGCAAUAUUUAUUGAACUACUCUUAAGCAUUCCAUGGAUGAGGAAAUUUUCAUUAUUAAUCCUAUCUUUUUCAAGCUGUGCUAAAUCCAUUGUAGGCGUUGCUGGAGGAGCCACACGAGCAGCAUUAACACAACACCAGGCUAUUAGUGAAAAUAUGGCUGAUGUUUCAGCAAAAGAUGGCAGUCAAGAAACAUGCAUAAAUUUAAUUGCAUUUCUUAUUGGAUUAAUUAUAUUACCAAUUGUUGAAAAUCAUAUUAUACUUAUAUGGACCAUAUACUUUGUUGUAACUACUUUACAUUUGUUUGCUAACUACAAAGCAGUAAAGAGUUUAAAUAUAAAUGUUUUCAAUAGUGCACGUUUUGACUUAACCCUUAAAUAUUAUUUAUCGAAUGAUUCACAAAACCAUGAUGUACAAAAACCAGAAUUUAUUAAUAAAAAAGAAUCAUGUUUUUUAAAAGAUGAAAAGUUGUCUUCUUUUAAAAUUCAACUGGGAACGUCUGUUCAUGAUUUAUUAUAUACCAAUGCAUUGACUACAUGGGAUAUAAUAGAUCACAUUGAAUUAUACAAAGAUUAUCUAUAUAUUUUAAUUGUGGAUAUACAUAAAGACAGUAUUCAUGUAGUUUUGGAUAAAAAUAUUAAUACUGAAAAUAUUUUAAAAGCAUAUUUUCAUGCUAACAUAUUAGGUCAUUUAAUUUGUCCCAAGAAUACAUUUUCUCUUGUGAAACUCAAUUAUCUUCGUUCUAUGAAAUAUACAUCAAACAACACUCAAUUUUGUUGUACACAUUCUGAGUAUGUCCAACUAGCAUGUGAUUUUGUCAAUAAAAAUUUUGAUAAAUUUCUCUUGCAUGCUAAAAUGUCAGAUUGGAACAUUACAAGUCAUCACCUAGUAGUCGAUGAAUGGAGAGCUUCCUGGUGACAGGAAUUUAGUUAAUUAAUACAAUAAACAUUAAGUAAUAUUGAUUUCAAUGAAAAUAUAUUUCUUAUAAAAAAAAAACGCA